AUGGCUUGUGUGAUUAUGGGAUCAAUGACUACUGGAACUGUACUCCUCUCCCUCGAUACCAAGCUCGAGAAGGACCCGUUGCGUAUCAACCCCAAUCUUUCCACCUGGAUCGCCAUCCAUGGUGACUCGCAGUACCCCGGCUUCCGCCAAGCCUUUGCAGUGAUACAAGGAGCCAUCACAUCCAACGUUGAGAGCAACUACGGCCGUUGUGACUUUGUUCUCGAGACAGAGAACGACUUAUUUGCCGUCAGUAAAGAUCAAGACAAGAUAAACGGUCUCAUGAAGCAGUGGAGAGAGAAAGUAAGCGACGGCGGUCCCAUCGUUGUGACCAUGACGACGCUGGGGGACUAUCCGUACAAGGUUGCCACCGCCUCUGAAAAUGCCGAGGCAGGAGGAGCUCAAGAGCUCUGGCGGAUCUUGCAGCUGCAUCGAAGGGCCUCGCAAAUGACAAAGACAAGUCACAACGUUGACCUCAUGAUACAAGACAUUUCCGCCCAUAGGAGCGGGUUACCGCCGCCGCCGCCACCAUUCGUCAUGUAG